GUCCCACUGCCACUGCCACUAUCUCAUCCUGGACGAGCUCUCGAGAUCUGGCACUGAAUGGGAACUCAAACAGCAGAAAUGUCUCGUCGACUACGGCUCCAGAGAUUACCCGAUAUGGGCAGCAUCCGACGAUGAGGAGGCCCAUAAGUUUGCAAGUGUGAUGUCUCGCGAAAUUUUCCACUCCGACUGGCCAUUGUUGACAAGGGUCCAGGAAGACUCCCAGCUCGACGUGUACUUGGUUCUUUCCAGAUUGGCAGUUGCUUCUUACGAGCUCGUGGAGGUUCGACACAGGAGGCCGCCGUACAGGACGUUCAACUUGCUUAGGGACCCGACCACGCUGGACUACUUGGAGGGAUCUCCUACGUGCGUGUUCGAUGAGUACACGGCUGGAUUCGUUUCCCACUAUAAGGCGCGUGGCGGUUUGAAUGGUCAGGUUGCGAGGGCCGAGCUAUCAUCAAUUCUACCUCUACUCAAGACGAGCACGGCCAUGAUAGAGCGCACGCACAGCGAGAACUUGAGGCAGAGUGAAACUGGGAAGUAUUCUUGGGGUAUCGAUCUACCCUCUAUGGGCGGCUUUGCUUUGUGCAGACAGCAGAUGAAGGUUCAGAGGUCAGUCUUCCGAGCGGCCCCAGCGGUCAGCGCCGAGGCGCGCAAGGUGGAUGCCAAGCGCCUUGAGCGCAGCGGCGUGCACUACUCGAUGAGGCCAUGGGUGUGGAGAGCGUUCGUGCACGUGGAGGCGGAGAACCGUUUCGUCGACGCCGCCCUAGGCGCCGAACUGUCAGCCAAGUACCGCGCCCUCACCCCUGAGGAACGGCAGCCAUUCGAGGACAUGGCAGCCGUCGCGCUACAGGGGUACAAGAGUGGCAGGCACGGUUUCGGCCAUAAGGCACGGCAGAGCACGACGACGCCAUUGGCGGGUGCCAGCGUGAAAGUACGUGCCUUCAACGAUGCCGCAAACGGCGAUGGGCUGAGCCAGGCCGUGCACGACGUCGUCUCGACGACGGGGUCCAGUCAGAUCUUCCGACGUGCAGCGGUGGCAGCCCAAGACUACAAGAGACGCAACAUAAUUUCAGCUCGCCAGGACAUCUCCGACGAGGCCGACCUCCGUGCGAGGUCCGAUGCAGAUGCUGACAGAUAUGCCAAGGACUGGUUCUUCAUUGGUAACGAUGUGCCCGCCAACGAGCGCUCCGCCGACUUCGCCGUCCAGCGCGCCAUGAUGCCGACGGCUAUUUAUGUUCGGAAGCCAGAGUCGCUCGCGUCCGAGGUCAUUCGGUCGUUGGACAUCGGCAGCGUGAAGACAGAGGCUGAGAAAUGGACAGCGCUGCACCUCCACACCCGCAAGCAGGACAUCAAGCCGCUCACGGCGCCAGCGCGGCUUCGGCGCCUGUGUUGGGAAUCCGAAGGGUGCAUCUGCCAAGGGCCCGCGUCGAUCGUGAAUGUUUUCAAGGCCAGGCUGAUGAUCGUGUGGCGCGUGGCCGAGCACGCCGUCGGCGAGAAGCUCUUCAAGGCCAAGAUGAUUGCGAACAGGUACGUGAUUAGCAUGUCCACCCCAGCUCCCCCGAAUGGCAGUUCCGAUGGAGAGGUCGCGGGCGGCUCGCUUGCGAUUGCACCAGCAAUCGAGAGGACGUUGUACUUUCACAUUGCGCUCCACUACGGCAAGCCAUGGAGGCCGACGUUCAUUCGCAUGGAGCGUGAACCUGAGGGAGAUCGUCUGGACUGCAUUGGUCUGAGGCCUGUCCGUCUCGGCGCUGGGGUGCACCAAGUUCUAGAUAGGCUCACGUUGAAACAGUUUGCUGACGCUUGCUUCGGCGAGUCGUGGGACAUGCGGCCCUUCCAGGUCAAGUGGUACGAGUUCUACGCGGACAGCCGAAGAGUAGCGCAAUGCCGUCCUUGGGUGCAGCGAGUUUUGGAGAUCCCGAUCGUGGAUUGCGACCUGUGGACUGUCCGACCUCCACCACCGAAGCCUCGGAAGAGGAAGCGGCCUGGGGAGGGGCCGUCGGGCUCUGGGUCGAAGCCGAAGCACGGGCCAGCCAUGCUCGAGGGCGGCCCGCCCAAACCAGUGCCGACCGACGACCUCCCCGACGACGACGACAGCGGCGGGGAUUCCGAGAGGCCCCCUUCUGACCCAGAGGAGCGCGGGAAUGAGCCUGAGCCAGAGACAGAUCUCGAAUAUUUGUUCUUCUCAGGCGACGAGGGUGGCGGCGGCGAUCCUGGGCCGUCGGGCAGCGGCGGUGGGCACCCUGACCCAGAGCCAGGACCUGAGUUCGCCGAGCCUGGAGGUGACGUGCCUCCGCCUCCAGCCGACGCUGGUGAUUUGUUUCAGGCCGCUGCCGCAGCAGUUGACGCAGGUAGAGGUGAGCCUUUAGGCGGAGGCGGAGGGCUUCCGCCAGCACCCGCAGCUGCGGUCUUCGGGAUGGAGUUCGGCACCAUUCGCUACUACCCCCGCACGUGCCGUUUUCAAGCCGAUUGCAGGCGUCCUGAGCACAACAUAGAUUGCACUUGCUGCGUCAAUAGAACCGCAAGGGCGAGCGCUGUGGCGAACCGUGCUGGCCAGGGCAGGCCGUUGGGUUUCCUGAUGGCUUGGUUGCUGAUGGACGGGCCGUGCCCCAGCCAGUACGACCACGUGCACAUUUUCAACCCCAGCCUCGAUGCGCGGCGCGAGGGUCGGCGUCGCCUCCGUGAGGCAGCUGCUGCUGGGAACGCAGCCGCGCAGGCGCUCCUGGCCGUGGAGCGCCACAGGAGGGACGGCGAGGAUGACGAGCCAGACCACGUCCCCUAG